AUGGCAACUCUGCAGAAAUUCAAGCUGUUAGCGACUCAGUGCGCGGUCGCCGCCAGCCCAACCAGAAGCCCCACCGCCAGUCCAGUAAUUUACCUCCGCCGGAGGCGAACGCUGCGGAUGCUGCUCAGCCGCGCCGGAAUGGGGAGUAGGAGGAGGCUGCCUCCUCGCUGCGGCGACGCGUCGCCAGAUCGGAGGAGGUCCGGCGGCGGCGGCGGCGGCGACGACGAGGAGAGGUCGCCGGAGAAGAGUAAGGAGUUGAUGGUCAGCCGGAAGCUCAAGGAUUUGUUCGUGUCGUCGCCUCCGGCGUUGGGGGAGAGGCUUUCGGAGAAUGUGAGGGAAAUGCUGCUGCCAUCGGGCGGCGAUUUGAGGAGAGGCGUCGCCCGCUCGCUGCGGCCGCUGUCGGCGACUCUCCGGCAGCGGUUGUUGAGGAGAGCGUGGCGGCCUGUGCUCGUCGCCAUACCUGAGUGA